ACAAACUUUGCAGCCUUUGCUGUCAGAAUCCCUCUUCUCUCACUCUCUCUCCACCCUCUAUUUCUCUGCAAAAAGCUUUUCACAUACUUGGUCUUUACACAUCCAACACACACACACCUAACCAAGUUAAUUAUCCACAGUAAUAAAACCAAAAGCAACCAACAAAGUUAAUAUCUUAUCUCUCUCUCUCUCUCUCUCUAUGGACUUCCAUCUGAAGCAAUGGAGAAACCAGCAUGAGUCAGAGGAACAACAGCAUUCUUCAAAGAUGCCAAAACUUCUCCCUGAAUCCCCAUCAACUGCCUCUGCUCUCCCUUUGUUUGUACCUGAACCCAACAGCAAAGUCAGCAACUUGUCAGAUUCAUCAACAUUUCCUUCUACUACUACCACUAACAGAUUUCCCAGAAUGGCAAGUUACUUCAGCUUGUCUCAGUGGCAGGAGCUUGAGUUGCAGGCUUUGAUAUUCAGGUACAUGCUGGCUGGUACCUCUGUUCCUCCUGAGCUUCUUCAACCAAUCAAGAAAAGCCUUCUCCAUUCCCCUUCAUUUUUCCUCCACCACCCACUCCAACAUUAUCAACCUACUUUGCUGCAGUCCGGGUAUUGGGGAAGAGCUGCCAUGGAUCCGGAGCCUGGCCGUUGCCGGAGGACAGACGGCAAAAAGUGGCGGUGCUCGAGGGAUGUGGUGGCCGGACAAAAGUACUGUGAACGCCACAUGCACCGUGGAAAAAACCGUUCAAGAAAGCCUGUGGAACUUCCCACACCAACUAGUGCCGGUGGUGGUGCCGGUGUUGGUGGUGGAUCUUUCUGUGCUUCAUCCUCCACUUCUUCACCGCCUCUGGUCACUGCCUCUAUGAAAUCCCCUUUUGAUCUCCUUCACCUUAAUGAACGUUCCUCUGGGACCAAGAAAGAAGACAAGAGCUUGUUUGAAAGUCAAGAUCAUGUGAGUGGGGAUGGUAGGUCAGGUGGGCAUAUGCUAAGGCAUUUCUUUGAUGAUUGGCCAAGAUCACUCCAAGACUCUGACAACAACAACGCUGAAAACAAUACUGGGAGGGUGAACUCUUCCACAUGCCUCUCCAUUUCAAUGCCAGGAAACACUUCUUCUUCAGAUGUGUCAUUAAAACUAUCCACUGGCUAUGGUGGAUCAGAGGAUCCGGGCACUAGAAGUGAGAAUAUGGGCAUGGAAGCAGAGCAGGUGCAGUUGAAUUGGGCCGGAGGAUGGGCUUCUUCGGGUAAUCAUUCAAUGGGAGGACCACUUGCAGAGGCACUGAGAUCAUCCACCUCAACUUCCUCACCCACUAGUGUUCUGCAUCAGUUGCAUCGUGGUUCUGGAUCUGAGACCAGCUUCAUUAGUUAGCACCUAAGUUUAGUGAUUUGGUGGACUAAUUUAACUUCCUGUAUUAAUAUUAUUUUUUCAUUUUCUUGGGGUUGCUUUCCACUAUGAGCAUUCUUGGACAAGGGACAUGUUUUGUAUUAAACCUAUGGUAUUGUAUGGACCACGUUUGUUGUUAUUGGGUGAGGUAAUAGAUAUUGCAUUGCCUUCA